CUCCCAAUUGUGCUGCCCCAAUCUGCGACCAAUAGGAAAAGGGGAGCCCUUCUGAACUGUCCAGAAAUCCCCACCUUGGAAGCUAAUGGAAUAAGGCGCAUUAGGAGGCUGCUUGAGCGCCUAAAGCGGAAGUAAACUCCGUCUCCUCAAAACGUCCCCCUGCGAAACUGCGCCCGGCGUACAUUUGGUUCCACCGCCUAACCCGGCUGCAGGUUAACCCCGCGGAUUCAAAACUCUUCAAUGAGUGUCAUCUGAAUUGUUGGUUGUUUGCUUCUUCUUCUGCUGCUGCUGCCUCCAUGUCCGCGCUUGAUAAGGUUUUCGGCGGCUGCUUGCGCAGCUCUUGCAGGCAAACUCCUCCUGACGCACGAAUUUACUGGACGGUGAGGCAGAAAUUCUUUGGCCCGCCCUGCCCAUCCGUUGCAGGAAGCAAGCGCGCUCGAGAGAGUCCGGUGGGGUUAUAAUCAGCUCGCAGGUGCGUUGCGAGGCGGGUCAGGAGACACGCGUGUGAAGGCAGACUCCUUGGAUUUAUACUUUCGCCUGCAGACGACGAUUGGAGGAGCUGCAGCGGCGGCGGCGGCCAGGCAGGCGGCUUCGCCUUUCCGCCGCCCUUCCUGCGACCAAGCAAGAAACCGAGCCCGGCUCUUCCCCGGGGAAAGGGACCCCCGCCGCCAUGCUGAGGGCUCUGCGGAGGCGCUGGGAGGCCUACAAGUACCGCUUCGUGCCCUGGAUCGCUCUCAACCUCGGCCGCAAGCGCAGAACUCUGCGGUUUGUACCAGAAGGCUCUAAAGACAAAACGGUUUCUGAUGAAGAUGUACUUCAAACACUCCUGAAAACUUUCACAGCUUUAUUUGUAAACGACUUGAGGAGACAAACAUUUCUUCUUAGCUUUCUUCCAAAAGUUAAAUCUAAAUACCUGGACCUGCAGAAAGAUCAGCCCGAGAUAAACCAAACAAUUGAUGACAGCCAUCAGAAUCAAAUCAUCUUCAGUCCAGAAGACGUUCUCCUUCAUACUUUAGGAUUCAGCAUUACUCGGAGGCACAGCUCACUUAUUUCUGCUGGAACAGGAGUCUUUGUAACGAAAGGUUUUGUUCCAAAAGGAGCAGUUGUUUCUAUGUAUCCUGGCACAGUCUAUGAAAAGUAUGAGCCCAUAUUUUUCCAGUCCAUUGGCAAUCCAUUUAUAUUUAGAUGUAUAGAUGGGGUGCUUAUUGAUGGGAAUGACAAGGGAAUAUCAAAAGUUAUAUACAGGUCAUGCAGCAAGAGAGAUCAGAUUGGUCCUUUGAAAAUGAGUGAUGUAUUUUGGCUUACAACUGGUCUGCAGAAUCCACUGGCAGUGGGGCAAUAUGUCAACAAUUGCUCACCUGAUAAAGCAGCCAAUGUAUGCUAUCAGGAAUUUGACGUGCCUGAAAAUUUUCCUAUAGAAUUUAAACAGUAUCUUCCAAACAUCAACUACUGUCAUGAGAUACAGAGGCCUAUGAGAUGUGUCGUUCUGAUUGCUCUCCAAGACAUUGGACCAGGAGAAGAGCUUUUCUCAAACUAUUACACAAUUAUCAACUGAGCCUGAGGAGCCACAGAUUGACCAGUUUGGGACUCAUCAGAGACAUCCAUUUGGUGGAAUCGCACUCCCUGCAACUCUGGAUCCACUCAGACAUGGGAAGACUUUCCUGCAUAAGUACUAGUUGACAUGAAAAAGUGUGUUAUGCAGUUGAGCAGGGCCUGCACAAGAGAAUUUUCAAGUGGAUUGGCACCCAUACUUUGUACUUUUCACACUUGAGAUUCCGAAAAACUUUUAUACAGAUGCAUACUGCCUCUAAUGGAAAAUAGACAUUGAUGGCCUUCUCCAUGAACUUGUAUGAUUUUUUAAAGCCGUCAUGUUGGGAGCCAUUGCUGCAUUUUACAAAAACUAAUCCCAUAAUGUAACUAGGUGCUGUGCACUUUAUUCUAUCGAUCUUCCAACAUUCAGAUUCAUUGGAUGGCCCCAAAUUUUAGAAUCAGUGGGAGAGAAACCUCUCUAUGCAAUCAGAAUGUAGUCUUGUCUGAGCAUAUAAAUCUGGUUUCUUAUGGAUUAGAAUCUGAACAUCUGAAAACUCCUUUUAAAAUAACCCUGUGUGUUCAAAUAUACUAAAGUGACAAAUGUUGCAGAGGCAUGAAAACUUUCACAAAAGAAAAAGGGUUUCCAGACAUUUAUUUCUGGAACUGUACACCAGGUAUUAAAGUACAACAAAUACAAAAUAAUGUUCAAAAAAAUCAGUGUUUAUGUACAAAUAUUAAAACCAAUGCAACAAUAGCAACUUCCUCUUGGGCAUCCAAUUCUAAAACUGGUUGCGAUUGUCACUAAUUUAUUUUGCUAUGCACAGGGGAUUCCAACCUGAAUCUAGGAAUGACUGGAAUGACUGGUUGCUUCAGGUAGGACUGCGGACCUUAACUGUUAGCAAAAAAAAAAAAACUACUGAGAAGUUUUCCCACUCACAUGGAAAAAUCAUAACCAUGAUACUAUGUAAAUUCA